GGAACAGAUCAGACGAUAGAAAUCUUCAGUAACGAUCAUGCAUGUGUCUCAUCGCCAGAAGAUUUGAGAAGAGUUAAGGAGGAAAAGAGACCCAGAGGAAUACGAGAACUUGGUCAGCUCGCAGAAACGACAAUAACCCUGUGCUUAGAUAUGGCCAGCACCCAGACCAGCCUGAAAACCCCUUUCAAAGACUUGACCUCAUUCAAGGGCAACAUGAAACGGCUGUACAGAGAGCGGCUGGAAGACGCGCCCAUCAAGAAGCGCGUGAUGGCGGAGAUCAACCUGAAGCGUCGCAGCUUGGACUCCCUGCCCUCCCUCCCCAAAACUCCCAAGGUGAAGAGGGAGCAGACUGAGGACCCACGCCCCGACUGUGACAUGGACAUGGAAGGCCGGGCUGAACUGCACAUUAUGGGCUCUACUAAAGCCCUGGACCUGAGCCCUGGGCUUAAACACACACUGGCCCAGUUCACCCUCAGCAGUCAGAGCUCCCUCGGGGGCCCGGCUGCCUUCUCUGCACGUACGGGCCAUGAGCAUUCCCAGGCCGGCAUGCCCCCCCUGCCCUCCCCUCCUGUUUUGGGAGGGGGCCCUUUGCUGGUUCCUUGCGACAGCUCUACUGAACUCACCCACUCCCUGCUGGAGGGAGAGUCCAUCUCCUGCUUCGUUGUUGGGGGCGAGAAGCGGCUCUGCCUGCCCCAGGUGCUCAACUCCGUGCUCCGCGACUUCUCACUGCAGCAGAUCAACACCGUGUGCGACGAGCUGUACGUCUACUGCUCUCGCUGUGACGCCGAGCAGCUGCACAUCCUAAAGGUGCUGGGCAUUCUGCCGUUCAACGCGCCUUCCUGUGGCCUCAUUACACUGACGGAUGCACAGCGGCUCUGCAACGCUCUGCUGCGUCCUGGUGCAGCCCUGCCUGCUGACCCCAGCGGUAAGCUGUCAGCCCAGGGCCUCCUGAAGGAGAGUGAAGCCAGCUUCCAGGUGGAGCACCAGUGUCUGGGGAAGUGCCAGGGUCUCUUUGUGCCCCAGUUCUACACCCAGCCCGAGGUGCCCUGCAUCCAGUGUGUGGAGUGCCAGUUGCUCUUUUCACCGCAGAAGUUUGUCAUGCAUUCGCACAAGUCACCUGAUAAGAGGACCUGCCACUGGGGCUUUGACUCAGCCAAGUGGCCCUGCUACCUGCAGCUUGCCAGAAAGUACCAGGGGACCCCGGAGGAGCCCAGACUCAAGCAGCUGCUGGACGAGGUCAAAGAGAAGUUCCACUAUCAGCUCAAGAGGUCGCUAGACAAAAAGGUGGUGGAGGAGGAGAGCCAGGUGAGGAAACCCUCGUUAGAUAUCUGCUCCACCGGCGACAAGUUGGCUGAUGCUGAUCCAGCGAGAAAGGGAAAAGCAUCUCCACCGACUCUUGUGUUCAACCGGCUUUUCUCAGAAAUUAAGGAGGAGCCAGGACACCCCACCCUGGUCCAUCCCAGUUACUACAUGUACACAUAUGAUAAGAUGGUGGCUCCCAAUGUGUCACUGCGAAGGGAGGCAGAGAUGAGCCCCGAGAUGCUGAGCGCACUGCUCAAACACCACUACAGUCGCAGAGUGCUGGGCCACGACGAGCCGCCAAUGGAUCUUCACGCGUCGCCUGCUGUCGCUGCUGGUGCCGGGGAGGCCAAAUCCCAAUGUGCUGCUGCUGACUCGGCCACUGAGAGGGAAUGCCAAACCCAGGCAGUUUCCAUGGAGAUGAGCAGCCCAGGCUACAAGAAAGCCACCCACCUCACCGCCCACACCCCUCUUCCCCGUCCUCCUCCUGCGUCGCUGUUGUCAUCGGUAACGGAUGUAGCAGCUAAGGACGUGAGCUCUGCCACGAGCGGCGUUGUGGUGGCGGUGGGAGGGCUGGAGGACGACAAGGACAGGAUUGUUGUGGAGAUCAUGCAGAUGUACAGCAGGCAGCAGGAGAAGCUCAACUCCACCCUGCACAAGCAGCUGCAGCUGGAAAUGGAGCUGGAGACUUUGCGUGGAGGCGAAGCAGCGAGGCUACGGGAGCUGAGCGCCGAGCAGCAUGAGCUGCGCAGCGAGCUGGAGGCGGUGCACAGCGAGCAGGCACGGCAGCUCGGCCAGGCCCGCCAGGAGCAGCUGGAGCUGGAAACCCGUCUGGAGCAGCUCCGACAGCAGGCCUGCGCCUGCGAGCCAGGGGCGCAGCGCCAGCAAGAGGCCCACUACACAGCACAGUUGUCCGACCUGCGUCAGAGGCUGGAGCGGGCGGAGGCUGACCGGCAGGAGCUGCAGGAGGAGCUGCGCAUGGAGCGGGAGGCGCGCGAGAAGCUGGAGCGCACGAUUGCCCAACUGAAGCAGCAGAUGGCCCAGUCUGGCACGAUGGGAGGCAGCCCCUCUCCUCCUCCUACUCCCUCCACCGGACCCCCUAACGCCCACUCCCCACCCUGCUCAGAGGCCCCAGUGGCUGGCCAAAAGUAACUGCCGCCCCUCCGGGCGCCUCCCCUCCCCCCCUCAUUCCUUUCCUCAUCACCCGCCAAGUGUACAGACACAAAAAGAUCAGCCCAAAGCUGAAAGGAGCAUCACGUCUCCUCAGGCUGAUUUGAAGUUGUGCAUUACGCUCCCCUUUUGCUUAGUGUAGGACUGACUUUUGUUUUUGUAAUUCAAUGAUCAUUUAAA